GCACCACGUCUCGAAACCGAAGAAUCUGUUCAUGCUUUGUUUCGGGCCUAGGGUUGCCUCGUAUCCACACAAGCGCGAAGGCGGGCAACAUGUCCUCGCGGACAUGAACAUGGCAGGCUGCAACGGCUUCUGGGACCUCCAGGACAUCACGGAGCACAUGUCCCGAAUUCGGAAGCUUUUUGCACCGGAGAUGUGUUUCGAGUACAAGCUGCGAAAGGACUUGAAGCUCAAGUUCAUGGAGACUUUCGUUUCUAUGAACCAGGAGUUUGAGCAGGCGAUGGCAGGCAAGUACACCCAGACGAUCGGGGAGUUGGAUCCCACCAGGUCGAAGCGGCUGGAGCACUUCUUCGAGCGCACUGCUGUCCACGACUACACAGAUGAGAUGAGCGAGAUGAAAGCUGCUGGAAAGUACGAGGACUUCGCAAAGCUGAUGGCGAAGGCCCACAGUAAAUGGGUGAUCUGUGGAGCCCAUGACAGCCUUAGCACGGAUGCCUUCGGAGUGGAGGACAACUUCUUCAGGAAUCCGAAGUCCUACGAGAAAUGGAUCGGGACCAUGGCAGAGGAGAACGCGCCCGAAUGCAAGACCUUGGACAGUUCCAUUGGCUGCGUCAAAUGUGCCAUCGCCGUUAAAGACAAGCACAACUGCCCCAUUCGCCUGGAUGUGAAGCUGCAAGACAUCUACAGGUCUCUGAAGCGAAAUGCAUAUCCGUUCUUGGUGAGCGAGUAUGGAGUACGUGAGGAAGCAGAAACUGAGGAAGGCAUCCAAUUGGUUAAUGCCACAAAGCACGGCACGUGUCUUUUGCGGAAGAGUCCUCUGAACAUGCGGCGUGUGUUUGCUGAAGCAGGAAAAGAGAGGGCGCGCGAGGAGUUCUUCAAGGCCACGAAGGACGACACAGUGGUCCUUUUGAAAGAUAUCGAGCACCUCAACACCGAGCUCCAGGUGGACAAGAAAUCUGACAGGAUUCUGGAGACCACGGACCGCUAUCCAAUCAGGGAGCGCUUGGAGGUGAGAAGGCUCGGCGUGAGAGCGGCAACUCGACACUCGCAGCUUGGCAUAGCAGGUGGCAUCGAUUACGAAGAUGUGAUGAGCGUCUUCAGCCAGACUUACAAGGACACGGUUGAGGAGUUCGCGCAGUGGUUUGUGUUCUCCGACAGGAUCAAAGAAGAUCAGAAUCGGCCAGAACACAAGGUGGACUACAUCAUCAGCUGCCCUUGUUCCAAGAGUGACUUCGAUGUUACCGAAUACUUCCAGGACAUUGGCAGUCAGGGCAUGUCUGAGCAGCUCGGAGCAAGCUCAGAUUGA